GUUUCUAGUCGGAGGCUGUUCCGGUUUGUCACGUUACUUCCUGUCCUUUGUUAUAAAGUCCCGGCGGUUCCGCGGGUCUAAUUUUUUGUAUUUGGUUCGGUGAAUCCGGCGUGAAUCGGAGCCAUCAGAACCGCAGACAUGACGGUGGGGAAGAGCAGCAAGAUGCUGCAGCACAUCGACUUCAGGAUGAGGUGCAUCCUGCAGGACGGACGCAUCUUCAUCGGAACCUUCAAGGCCUUCGACAAACACAUGAACCUGAUCCUGUGCGACUGCGACGAGUUCCGCAAGAUCAAGCCAAAGAACUCCAAGCAGCCAGAGCGUGAGGAGAAGCGGGUUCUGGGUCUGGUUCUGCUGAGGGGGGAGAACCUGGUGUCCAUGACGGUGGAGGGCCCGCCCCCCAAAGACACCGGCAUCGCCCGGGUUCCCCUGGCCGGGGUGGCCGGGGGUCCAGGAGUGGGUCGGGCAGCGGGCCGCGGCGUUCCUGCAGGAGCGCCGAUGCCUCAGGCGCCGGCCGGACUGGCGGGCCCCGUCAGAGGAGUGGGCGGGCCUUCACAGCAGGUGAUGACCCCGCAGGGCCGGGGGACGGUUGCCGCGGCAGCAGCAGGUGCGAGCAUUGCCGGGGCCCCCACGCAGUACCCACCUGGACGAGGAGCCCCGCCCCCGAUGGCCCGGGCCGCGCCCCCUCCAGGCAUGAUGGGGCCCCCUCCCGGCAUGCGGCCCCCCAUGGGUCCUCCUAUGGGAAUGCCUCCUGGUCCGGGUCGUGGCGCUCCGAUGGGAAUGCCCCCUCCAGGCAUGAGGCCCCCGCCCCCUGGCAUGAGAGGACCGCCCCCUCCUGGCAUGAGACCGCCUCCCAGGCCGUGAAGAAGCUCCGCCUCCUUGCUUUCAGCUGUUGUAUAGAAGUUGUUCUUUUACUUUUUAAUAAAGUUUUCUCAGUUUAAA